UUCAGCCGGAUGGCAGAAGCGGGUAGUAGUGAGGCAUUUGACAUUCAGAGGAUCUAGGUUGUCGUCAGGAUGGUAGCAGGCAGCGUGUUGAGGUCACUGGUGAGCCAGGUGAUGGGCGGGGCAUUGCGGAGACCUGCUCUGUCUUCCUUCUCCAGAGGGAUGCAGACUGUCACUCUGAUUCCAGGAGAUGGAAUCGGUCCAGAGAUCUCUGCUGCUGUGGUGAAGAUCUUCGAUGCUGCUAAAGCUCCCAUCAGAUGGGAGGAGAGGGACGUCAUGGCCAUCAAAGGACCCGGCGGAAGGUGGAUGAUCCCUCCUGAUGCCAAAGAGUCCAUGGACCGCAGUAAGAUAGGCCUGAAAGGACCUCUGAAGACACCCAUCGCCGCCGGCCAUCCAUCCAUGAACCUGUUGCUCAGGAAGACCUUCGAUUUGUACGCCAACGUGCGUCCCUGCGUCUCCAUCGAGGGCUACAAGACACCAUACACGGAUGUGGACCUGGUCACCAUCCGGGAGAACACGGAGGGCGAGUACAGCGGCAUCGAGCAUGUGAUCGUCGAUGGCGUCGUUCAGAGCAUCAAGCUGAUCACCGAGAACGCCAGCAGACGCAUCGCAGAGUACGCCUUCGAAUACGCCCGCAACAAUCAAAGAAGCAGCGUGACGGCCGUCCACAAAGCCAACAUCAUGCGGAUGUCAGACGGUCUGUUCCUAAGGAAGUGCCGGGAGGUGGCGGAGGACUACAAGGACAUCAAGUUUACAGAGAUGUACCUGGACACCGUGUGCCUUAAUAUGGUUCAGGAUCCGACCCAGUUUGACAUCUUGGUCAUGCCCAACCUGUACGGAGACAUCCUCAGUGACCUGUGUGCCGGUCUGAUUGGAGGACUCGGCGUCACUCCCAGCGGGAACAUCGGCGCCAACGGAGUGGCCAUCUUUGAGUCGGUGCACGGCACCGCCCCCGACAUCGCCGGCAUGGACCUGGCCAACCCCACGGCCCUGCUGCUCAGUGCCGUCAUGAUGCUGCGUCACAUGGGUCUGCACGAGCACGGCAGCAAGAUCCAGACAGCUUGCUUCGACACCAUCAAGGAGAAGAAGGUGCUGACGAAGGAUCUGGGAGGAAGCUCUAAGUGCUCAGAGUUCACAGCUGAAAUCUGCCGUCGGGUCCAGGAUCUGGACUGAAGCUGCAGCGCUGAGGGGGGGCGGGGCUUCCUUUUUCUCAACUUUCACAUCGAACAUGACGCACAAAUGAAACCUGACCGUGAAUGAGAUUACGUCAGUGGAGGAGGAGCUUUAACCAAAUAUCAGCUCAUCAAUGAUAUUCAGCUCAAGUGUCUUAUUUAUUGUUUCUACAUCCUGUUCUCUUCACUUCCUGCCAACAGAACCAGAAAUAUAAACGGUUCAUGAGGAAAAAUGUCUCGUCUGUUUAAUGAGUGUCAGUCCUCUUCAUCAUGUGUUCCAUCCUCCCUGAGCAGCUUCAGCUGUGCUGGUUACAGACGGUUCUGAUUGGCUGGUUGGAUCCGGUAUAAUCAGAACAAAUAUGAAGGCUGUUAAUGCAGCUGCUGCCUGAAAAUCAGCUUCCUUCACUGUUGGGAAGCAGGACUCAUCCAUCAAGGAACAAGAAGCUGCUGAGUCACUGGUUACUAUGGUGACUCUUCAUCAGACAGAAACACCUAGGUUCUGAUGUAGAAACUGGACAUGUGGAGGAUAAAUCCAAAGUUUCUGAAUAUUUAAUAAUUUAAAUAAAUGAUCUAAAUGUGUCAUAAUAUUUAAAAGAAAUAAAUGCAUCUAUUAGAAGUGCUCAGUUCUAUUUAUCAUUCAUUAAAAUUAGUGGCAGGACAUUAAAAAUGAAUCACAAUUAUAAUUUUUAUGAAAUGGUAGAAUUUGUUUUUUUUAUGGACUGGUGACUUGACCAGGGUGUAGCCGGCUGAAGAUCGGCACCACCUCCCCCACAACCCAGUAUGGAAGAACUGGGUAUAUAAAAUUGAUGGAUGGUAGAAUUUGACACAAUAAGCAGCUGUUUAAUCAACAGACAUAAGAUUUGGGUUCUAAGGUUCAGUAAUUUCUACCUUCAGUAGAAACUGGAACGUUGUGGCUUUCAUGCUGGGCUUCAUCCAACCAUGAAAAUCCAACAUGUUUUAGCGUUAGUAAACCAGCAGCUUCAUUCUCCACAGAAGUGUUCAGCCCAUCUCUGGGACACUCAUAUAUUCCCACACCUUGUUCUGCAGAACUCUUUCUGGACUGAUGAAACUUCUCAGUCCUGUUCUGCCAGACAGUACCUGGUUCUAGUUGUAUUCUAAGCAUCAUGUUAGGGAAGGCAUCCUUAAUAUUUCAAGAUAUUUUCAGGUUUUGCUCCUUCCAUAUCUCUGCUGUCAGGCCCCACCUUUGGUGCGAAUAAAUGUUGUUUUUUCUGUAAUUAAUUUAGAAAACACAUUAAAGUACCAUAUUUACAAAAAUCA